UGAUGCUAAACAAACUCAUUGUUUAGUGAGGGAAGUGUGGUUAGAAGGAGAAGUGUGUCAACGGCAAUAAAUAUAGACAACGGUAAAAAUCCGAUCUGGGUAGUCUGUAACAACAUUUUACCUUUUAAAGGUAUUUUCUUACAAUUUUCUUUACUGGGUAAGUUCUCAAAACUUCUAGAUUUAAUUGUGUAGUUUUUGACAAAAAAAAAAAAGAAAAAAAAAUCAAAUUUAAAAAAUGUAGACUAUUUGGAAAUACACAAUAAGAGGAUUCUAACGAAAUCUCACAUGACUAUGUUUUUUCUCAACAAUAAAUCACAAAAAUUAGUCAAAAUCGAGUUUGUAAAUUGUCAUCUAAUUACCUCUAAUAGCCUGAAAAUUUUACCCUACACCCUAGUGUAGGGUAUGUUCCCUACACCCCCCUAUGCUACGUCGUUUUGUAGUUGGUAUUGAGUUCUCAUGUGCAGCUUCUUUCCUUUUGCGAUUCUUUCCUUUUUUUUUUCCUUUUUUUCUUUUUUUCUUUUCUUCCUCUUUUUUCCUUUUUUCUUUGUUUCUUAUUAUUCAAUUUAUGUAUAUAUAUGAUUUUAAACCCUAUUUUUUCUCUCUCUUCAAUUGAUCAACCUCCAUUUUUUAUCUACAUUUUUCUCUCGCUAAUUCAUCUUCUUCAUUUGAUUUUUUGAACGAACUCGUUAAUUGUUACCGAUCAUCAAUGGCGAAUUCUGCAUCUUGAGAUUGCGUUGAUUUUGAUCGUGAUUGCGAGCGUGUGUUUCCUUCUGGAGUUCGUUUGGUUGAUUCGUUUGUGCAACAAUUGGAAAAAAAUGAUGAUAUUAUGUAUUUAGAAGCAGAACAGUCUGAAUUAAAGGAUAAAGAAUUUAAAUCUGAAGAUGAAGCUUUCGAAGCGUAUAAUGAAUAUGCUUUUAGGAAAGGUUUUGGAAUUCGAAUUGGGAAGAGUAAGAGAAGAAGAGAUGAUUCUUUUUUGAUGAAAAGAUUUGUUUGUUGUAAUGAGGGAUUCAAAGAUAAUAAGUGUAAGAAUAAAAGGAUUUAUGAGAAGUUGGAUCAUCGAACUGGUUGUUUAGCUUUUGUGCAGUUUCAUAUUGAUCAUUUAGGGGUCUAUACAUGUACAAGACAUGAAAUGGUUCAUAAUCAUGCUAUGAUUCCUCCUGAAAAAAGGCAUUUGAUAAGGUCUCAAAGAGAUGUGAAUAAAGAGCAGCUUCUUUUCAUUUCAACAAUGAAAUUGAGUGGAGUCAAAGUUACUGAUUCUUUGAGGGUUCUAAAGAAGGAGGUUGGGGGAUCUCCUAAUCUUUGUUUUACUGCUUCUGAUGCUUAUAAUGCAUUGUCAUCUGGAAAAGCUGCCCAAAUUGAAGGAUGUGAUAGUAACCAAUUGAUUAAAUAUUUUGCCAAGAGACAUGUGGAUGAGGCAGAUUUUUAUUAUGAUUUUGAACAAGAUGAUAGUGGUGCUUUAGUUAGUUUUUUUUUGGCGUGAUGGUAGGAUGAUGAGAGAUUAUCAUUACUUUGGAGAUUUGUUGGUUUUUGAUACAACUUAUAGAACUAAUAAAUAUGGAAUGAUAUGUGCUCCAUUUGUUGGGAUGAACCAUCAUGGUAACAAUGUCAUGUUUGGUAUGGUUUUAUUCUUAAUGAGCGCACCGAGUCUUUUGAUUGGUUGUUUGAUACAUGUUUGCACUCAAUGGGGAGGAAAAGUCCCAUUACAAUUAUGACUGAUCAAGCACAAGCGAUUGCAGCGGGUAUAAGAAACAUUUUUCCUUCAACUGUUCAUCAUCGUUUAUGUGAAUGGCAUCUUGAACAAAAUUCUAAGAAACACAUUGGAGCAUUGAGAGCUUUGGAAGGCUUUACAGAUUUGUUUGGAUAUCUUUUGAAGUAUUGUGAAACUCCUGCUGAAUUUGAAUAUUUCUGGAAAAGGAUGUGUGAUAAAUACAAAUGUGAAAAUGAUGAUUGGUUAUGUGAUUUGUAUAAAAUAAAGGAAAUGUGGUGUCCUGCUUAUUCUAAGAAGUAUUGGUCUGGUGGUAUAUUGUCUUCUCAACGUAGUGAAACUACUAAUAAGUCAGUUUCACAACGUCUUAAUAAGACUCAAGGUUUAUGUGAUUUUUAUCAUGUUUUUCUUGAUGUCAUUUCUGAGUGGAGAAGUAAGGAAGGUGCAAGAGAUUACAAUACUCUGAGGGGUAAUAGGCACCUAGCUUUUGCUAAUAUUGGUAUAUUAGUUCAUGCAAGAUCAUUGUACACUAUUCAAGCUUAUGUGCUUUUUGAAGAGGAGUUCAUUAGGGGGACAGCUUAUGAUCAUGUUGAUAAUGGUUUGCGUUUUCCAGAAUAUUCAUAUCUUCUUUGGAAGCCUGGGAAGGAUAUAAUUAAGCAUGAAGUUGUUUUUAAUAAGGAAACACAUGCAAUUUGUUGCACAUGCAUGUACUUUAGUGAGACUGGUUUACUUUGUUCUCAUUCUCUUCGAGUAUAUCAUUUGCAUUGUGUGCGUAAUAUUCCACAAGAGUAUAUAAUGAAACGAUGGACAAAGGCUGCCAUGUGUAGUCAUGGUAUUGAAGAACCUACUUUGAGGACAAAUGUUGUGGCUACUAGUGUUUGGAGGUCACAAACAAUCAGAAAGUUUGUUAAGUUGAUAACAAGUUGUCAGAAUUCUUUGAAUGCAAGGGCAGAGGUUGAGUGUUAUUUCAAUCUGUUAAAAGAAAAGGUUGAGAGUGUAUCAGGUGUAAUUGACUUUAGUGAACCUGUUAAAGAGGUUGAAAUUGUUGAUCUUGAGAUCAAGAAUCCUCCAAAAGCUAGGCCUAAAGGUGAGAGGAAUGUAAGGCCUAAGAGUACCUUGGAGAAGUAGUGUAACAAGGCAAAGGGUAAUUUCAAGAGGAAAAAGUUUAUGUACACUUCUUACAAAAGGGGUAUAGGGCAAGCAGUUGUACAGGUAUAUGAUCAUUUCAUAUUUUCAAAUUGAUCAUUUCAGUUUUCGUAAAUGAUCAUUUAUGUUUUUUUUUUAAAAUAGGAACUUGAUGAGAACGGUUGUGCUGUUACUUAUGCUAAUUCUAUUAGUGAUCCCAUUGAAUUGAUUGUUUUGAGCAAUAAACGGGCUCAGGUAAAUUCAAAUGUGCCAAAAAAAACAUUUUAUUUAUAUUUUAUUAAUAUUGAUUUUUAUAAUUUAAAAAUAUAGGUCGGCUUAAAAUCAGCUGUUGUAGAAGAAAUUCCUUCUAGUUCUAAGGAAUCAAAUCAUAGUAUUUCCAAUUAUUUUGAUCAGGUAUGUUUGUUUGUUAUUGAUUAUAAAUUUAUUUUAUUUUUUGGCAUUUAUGAUCUAUAUUAUAAUUUUUUUUAUUUAAUUUUUUAUUUUUUUUUGGUUUUUUUGUAGGCUACUGGUGAAAGCUCACUUUCAUCUAUCAUAUCUAUUGAUGUUGAUAUUUCAUCUAUUGCUAAGGUUUUUUUUUUCCAUAUUUGUUUGUAUAAGUGUUUGUAACUGAUCAUAUACUGGUUUAUUAAUGAUCAAUUUAAUUUUUUUUAAAGGCGAAGGAUUUAAAUCUUGAAGGUGUUUCUGCAGUUCAAGCUCGUUCUAAUGUUGGUGCAAAUAAAGGUGCUUCUGGUGUUAAAACUUACUCUCAAAUUAAUCCAAGAGUUCCAAUUCAUACUAGUGCGUCAACAAAAUCUCCUGUUGUUAUUCAACCUACUGUUCCCAGGAAUGUUCAAAAUCAAACUCAGAAUUGUUCAAACACCAAUCCAGAAAUGAUCAUAUCCAACUCCAGGAAUGUUCAAUCAACAAAUGUUCAAGUUAUUUCUCCUACGGUUCAAAUAAAUGAUCAAGGAUUUCGUGUUCAGAAUGUUCAAGUUACUCCUCCCACAGUUCAAAGAAAUGAUCAAGGUGCUCGUGUUCCAAUUCUUCAAUCAAGAAAUGUUCAAUUAGGUUCUAAAAAGAUUUCUUCUAAGUAUGAUAGGUUGUUAGCCUUUUUUGAUACAAGGUGUAGCUAAACGUUUGGCUAAUAAAGAUAAAUAAUUAGUAUUCCAGAACUUUAUAAA